UCCUGUGUGUCACUUCCUUGUUUAUUUUUUUUACAUUCCUUGGUCUAAUAGUUGUUAGCUAAAACUAGCUACCGAGCAAAAAUGCCAGGACGUUGUUCAGCUUUCAACUGUAGGAAUACGUUUAAAAAUGUUAAACAUAAAACAAACAAGGUUACAUUUCACAGCUUUCCAAAGCGUGAUCCUAAACGAAUAAAAGAGUGGGUGGGUCAGAUGAAAUGGAAAGACUGGCAGCCAACCCCUCAUUCCUUACUGUGCUCAGAGCAUUUUGAGGAGAGGUGCAUGGAUAGAACUGGGCAGACAGUGCGUUUACGUGAUGAUGCAAUACCAACUAUCUUUGCCUUUCCUAGUCACCUACAAAAAAAGGUAUUUAGUAAAUUGAGGCAGUUUCAGAAAACAGCCGGAAGGAGGAAAAGAGUAACCUUGUUUCCAGAGGAUCCUGUUCCUGAGGAGUCGACACAACGGGAGAAGUCUCCACCCACCUACUUAAACCACAGUAUAUGGCACCCAAGUCGUUUCCAUGACGACUACUGUGUUCCACAGAGUAUUGACUGGGCUGUAAAAGACAUGCCUAAAGAAAUCCCAUCCGCAACUUUAGAAAAGCAAGGUCUGAUCUUUAUCCCCAAGCACGCAAUCAAGAUCAAGGAGAAAUGGGAUUGGCUGACAAUGGAUGUGAAGGGACCAUUUCCAGAGACCAAAAGUAGACACAAGUUUGUACUAACUGUAAUGGACUACUACUCCAAAUGGAUGGAAGCCUACCCCAUGAAGACCAACAACAGUAAAGAGAUUGCCAAAAUCAUCUCUGACCUCAUCUCUCGCUUUGGCUUCCCUGUUGGAAUCCUGUCUUGUUUGACUCGAGCACACAUUUUAGAGAUCAACUUGGCUUUGGGUGAUCUGAAGAAACUGACAUGCCAACUCAUAUUCUACCGUCCUCUGGGAGUGUCAUUGGAUCCAGUAACAAAGUCCCUUGUAGACCGGUUGGUGUCAGAUUUGGUGAAAGAACAUCCUGAUCGUUGGGAUGUUUACCUGGCUGCCAGUGUGUUCAGCUUCUGCUGCAAAGAGCACCCCACCACCAGACAAAUACCCCUGUCUCUGCUGCGCUGCGGAGGGACUCAGUCUGUCUCCACCUCACCAAGAAAGCUGCCUGAUAAUGGGAUAAAAGGAAGGACCUUUGUCAUACUAGAUGCCCAGCCACCUCAAAGGGAAGUCCGUGUGGAGUGCAAUCAGUGCAGUCAAUGGAGCACGGUCAGCCAGGACUCAGAGCUGAAGAGAUAUGAGGAGAUGAAACUUGGGGAGGAGGACUACACCCACACCUGUGUGAGCUGCAGGGUGGCCAUGAGCUGCAGGGUGGCCCUGGAGGUCAUGAGGGGUUAGGAGACAAGGACAUGAAGAACUGGAUGUAAAUGAGAAAGCUUUUCAAACAAGGACUGAAAAGAUGGAGGAUAUAAUAAGGACGUUGGAAACCAAGUGGUGGUGAAGGAAGAGAUUGCUGUUGGAGUGAAAAAAAGGUUCCUAGGGGAAGAAGUUUGAACAACAGGAGUUUAUAAUGUGUAUAUACUUACACGUUUCUCAGUCAUACACGUUUUUGGAAUGAAAUAAAAACAGAUAGUGUUGUUUUCAAGUUGUGUGUGCUCAAACAGUGGAUUAUUGUUUAAUAAUGCAUUUGGGCAGACAUCUAUAUACUGCUUCAGUGCUUCAUCUAUUCCUCUCUGAUUUGGGGUAUUUUAGAGAAUGGGGUAGCUGCAGUCCAAUAUGGGAACCAGAGUAUGGGAGAGUGGGCAUGUUGAAAGGACAGGAGUGGGUGUGUUGAAAGGAGCUCUGCUAUAGGUUAGUUAGACUGUUGCUUACUGUGACUAUCACCUUGAUGUUGGCUACUAGGCAGCUACUUCCCACUCUGUUGGGGGACAGUAGACAGACAGACAUUUGAUUAUGCUGAACUGGGGGGCAGCGGUCUAUGGCCCGUGAUUUGAAAGGGUCAAAGCGGGGUAGGAGGAGCGCCCUUCUCAAAUGGAACAGUAAUCUGUGCCGCUGGGUCAUGUCAACAAGGCAGCAUUGUGCAUCGUCUAGAAACAUACAUCUCUUUUUCAUAAAAUACACAUUUAAAUUAAACUAGUUUCCAUUUGGGAAGGCAGAUAUGGUCCUCUGUAGUUGGUAGAGCAUGGUGCUUGUAACGCUAGGCUUGAGUUCCUUUCCUGCUCGGAACACCCAUACAUAAAAUGUAUGCACACAUGA